UCAAAAUGGAGAUGGAAGACUGUUCUCCGUCGUCGGUUCUUUUUCAAGAUGUUACGAAUUCAAAGACAGUAGUUCCUCCUAUUAUACACGCGUGUAUGCAGGGUAAUGCCGACAGACUUAUGCAGCUGUUGGACGAUGAACAUGACCCAAAUCAGCGAGAUACUCGUGGAAGGAAUGGCGCUCAUCUCGCGGCUUGCAGGGGAAGUGCUAAAUGCCUCGAAAUUCUAUUCGAACAUGGAUGCGAUGUUCGGGCCGCUGAUAAUCUAGGAAAUACCCCAUUACAUUUCUGCGGUCACGUCGAUACUGUUAGGUUUCUCACAUGCCACGGCGUGCAAGUGAAUGUUACUAACAAACAUGCACAAACUCCCAUAAUGAUGGCCAAAAGAAGAGGUGUUGAUGAAGAAGUAGUUCAUUUAUUAGGAAGACUCAGAAAGGCAUCAGGAAAAAGGUCUUUUUUAUCACGUAUGCAAGGAAAACUUCAAGUCAUACCAUACAGAGAGAAUGUACAUAAUGCGAGUAGUGACACAACACACAAUGCAUAUUAUGUUGUUAAAGAUGUGUGGUGGGAAUUUGUUGAAAGUCUUGGCUUUCGUAAACUCAUGUUAUUGUUACUUGGCAUUGCAUUACUGUCUCUAUAUAUUGCAUGUGCCAGUUCAGGCAUCAUUCCCCUUGUUACAAAAUCUUAAUAAUGUCAACAUAUAUCUG